GGCCAACCCGGGGUCUUCCGUGGUGAGGGAGGUGAUGACAGCGGGCGGGUGGGUGAUGUUGGUCAGUCUACGCUCAGUGGUCGUAUCGUACACACACACACACACUGAAGGUUGGUGCUGAGAGAAGAUGAGGUUUGUAACUCUGCCCUCGCUGCUGCUGGUGGUGGUGGUGGUCCUCCUGCCAGGGGAAGCCCACGCCAAGACCCUCUACGCUAAGAAAUACAAGACAGUUGUGAAUGAAGAUCAAUACUACUGGAACAACUUAGCUCAGGAAGAACUUAGCAGGACGAUGAAUGUUAAGCAAAAUCUAGGAGUAGCUAAGAAUGUCAUUAUGUUUCUGGGUGAUGGGAUGAGUGUGCCCACCAUUACAGCUGCUAGGAUCUACAAGGGCCAGAAAGAAAACCGGGGCGGAGAGGAAGGCAGCCUCACCUUCGAGACCUUCCCCCACGUAGGACUCUCAAAAACGUACAAUGUAAAUAAGCAAGUGUCAGACAGUGCCAGCACCGCCACAGCUUAUCUUACAGGUGUCAAAACCAACUACAAGACGAUCGGUGUGGACGGGACAGCCAGGUAUAAGGAUUGUUCCAGCGUUAACGAAAAGAACAAGGUCUCCUCCAUCGUCAAGUGGUCCCAGGAUGCUGGCAAGAGAACUGGUGUGGUUACGUCGACCAGGGUGACACACGCGACUCCGGCUGGCACCUACGCUCACGUCGCUGACCGUGACUGGGAGUGUGAUGGAGCAAUCCCCAAGGAAGCGAUAAAAUUGUGUGGCAAUAAAGUGAAGGAUAUCGCAAGACAGCUGGUGGAAGACGAGCCUGGACAUUCCCUGAAUGUGGUGAUGGGUGGUGGGUACCAGAACCUGGAUGCCUUUGCCGUGGGCACCCCAGAUGAUCCUUUAGACACCCAGUGGGCCAACUGCACCAGGACUGACAAACGCAACCUGGUUCAGACCUGGAUGAAUAAAAAGAAAAGUGAUGGUGUGACUUGGGCCUUCGCCAGAAACAAAACAGCCAUGCUCGAAGUAGACACCACAAAUGUCGAGUUCUUCAUGGGACUGUUCGCCAACGGUCACCUUCCAUAUGAGUUCGAGAAAAUUCAGAAGAAACUUGAUGUUCCCACCCUGGCCGAGAUGACCGAGACAGCGAUCAACAUCCUUAAGCAGGAACCCAAGGGCUUCUUCCUCCUGGUGGAAGGUGGACGCAUUGACCACGCCCAUCAUGACACAGUAGCCCACCGUGCCUUGGACGAGACUGUGGCUAUGGAUCGUGCUGUCGAAAUGGCCCUCAAAUUGACCAGUCAAGAGGAUACCCUAAUCAUUGUGACUGCUGACCACGCCCACACUAUGUCUAUCAGCGGCUACCCAGAACGAGGCCAAGAGAUCAUAGGUCUGGCAGCUCUGGAUAACGUUGGCCUGCCUUACACUACCCUAAUGUAUGCCAACGGCCCUGGCUACAACUACUCGGUGGGGUCAGGAAAGAACAACAAUAACCAGGUUGUACGGCCCAAUGUGACGAGGGAGAUGGUCGAGAAGUGGGACUAUACCCAGUUGGCGGCCGUCCCCAUGAACUCUGAGACGCACGGUGGCGACGACGUACCCAUUUAUGCUCUGGGUCCAAUGGCACAUCUUUUCCACACCCUUCACGAGCAGAAUUACAUUGCCCACGUCAUGGCCUACGCAUCCUGUGUAGGUUCCAACAGACACCACUGCACCCCUAGCAGUAGCAGUGCUACACAGACUGCUUCACUCAUCACCAUCCUCCUCCCCUUCUUAUUUACACAGUGGCUCCACUACUGAACCCUACAGCAAAGAACCUUUACUUCAAUAGAUCCCAUAAAGCUAAUAGGGAUCAGUUAAACUAUUUGUCCACACCAAACUUUGGGACAUCUUACCGUAUGUGCAUAUAGUGAUGCAUUUUACCACUAUUAUUAAUGUAGCCUUAUCAUCUUCACAAAGAAUUUUAUAAUGUUCAUCACCUGAUGCCUCAUUAAGAAUAACACCAGUAACAAAUGGCUUGUUAAUUCAUGACGAGUUCAUUUCCUAAAUAUGACAGGUGGUACUGUAUUUAGAUGUUGUUAAAAACACCUCAUAGAUGGUGAAAAUAUCACCACAGUGAUAUUCUGUAUACACCAGGACAAGUAAUUACAAUUACAGCACAAUGAUGUUAUUACCAUCUCACACCUGAAGCCACCUUCCUUUUAUGGUGAAAUGCAGGAAGGACAAUUCAAGUUGUAAAAUGGCUUAUAUCACACACACACACACACUAGAAUCUGAAAUAAACUCUUCUUUUGAUCCUUAUGUAACACAUGGAUUGUUUUCUGUGUACUGUACACUAAUUACAUCUAGAAUACUGUGAGGCUACUGUUGGUGCACCUGUGUCAUUAUCAGUAAUUAUGUUAGGUGUUCUUGAGCAUUCCUGGAGACAGGUAAUGUUUGGAAAUAUAUACAGUAUAUAUAAUCACAUGUAAAGUUCUGACCACUAUAUAAGUGACAUGUUAUCUGUUGAUGCAAUGAAUUUAUAGUGGCUGUUAACCGUAACAUUACCAUGAAAACUUAAGACGAGUGAUACUUUAGCACAAUCCUAUUAAAGUUGAAUAUAACUCUCAUAUACAGUACUGUAGUUGAAAUAUUUUACCAGCAAGAGUAAUAUAUCAAAUCCCAAUUGAAAUUACACCAACAUUCUUCAUGUAACAAAAUUCAUUAUGCACCUAUCUAUUAUUAAUGUAUUACCAGAUUAAUUUGACAUCAACAGUAGUUGCAAUCAUUACUUUAUAGAUUCCAGGGGAUAGAUUACUGGAGGAAACUUGUGCUCACUAAAGUUCUGGGCACUUACCUUGACUAGUGAUUCUGAGUGACAAGACUACAGUGACAGUUUGUUUCAACAAGUCUAGAUGGGUGACCUCACUCACUGACGCAGACCAAGUAUCCACUAUCACUGACCGUACGUGAAGGAUAAAUUCAUGCAUUAACGACACUCAUCUGUAAAGCUUCAAAUAAUUUUAGAAAUACAGAGGAAUUGGUUUAAAGAUUUAUCAUCUUUCAAGCUGUAAAAUGUGUACAUAAUUUCACCCAAACUCAUCAUGCCAUGCAUACGUAUUAUUGUAUUUUCACAAUCUUGCAUAUUUAUUCAUAAUCAUGGUACGUAUUUUAAUUUUUUCUUAAGUACUGUAUGUAAUUGUGGUGUAAAUUUAUUACCCUCUAUAACAUUAAGACUGAUGUAUAUUCUCUUUGUGCUUGACAUGGGAAUAAAAUCCAUCAAAAUUA